AUGGCGCUUCUUCCGGCCAAUAAGGAUCUCAUUUCUAAGGGCCUGAAGGAAUUCAACGUUCUGCUGAAUCAGCAGGUCUUCAACGACCCGCUUCUAUCGGAGGAGGCCAUGCAGGUCGUGCUGGACGACUGGGUGAACCUCUACGUCAACUACUACAGGAAGCAGCUGACCGGGGAUCAGCAAGAGCUGGACAGGGCUCUGGAGGUGCUUCGGCAAGAGCUGAAUGGUCUGGCCAAACCUUUCCUGAGCAAAUACAGCAUCUUCCUGAAGUCCCGAGAGCACCCAGAUCACCAGCUGCCUUCCUCCUAG